UGCAACUGUAAACAUUUUAAAUUUAUUGAUUUCGUCAAUUUAAUGGCAGCCCCCAUGAUUCCUGUAAAGAUGCAUUUUAUCAGCAUUGUACCUGCUCAGACUUCUGACCAAAUAGCAGAUGACAUCGUUUCAUGACAAAAACUCAGAAAAGAAUGAGGACGCUUUUGGAGUAUGAGAGUCAAAUUUUCUUGGAUGCUUUUCACGAAGAUGGACUACUUGUUAUGGCAAAGGGUCUUGGAAUUGACAGAAUUUUCCUGAAUUUCUUAAAAGUAUAUUGUGAUCCUGCAAAUCUUGUUCUUGUUUUGAACACCAAUGCCAAGGAAGAGGAAUACUUCACGGAACAACUGGACAAAGAGAACAUAAAACCUUUACCAAGAACCAUCACAAAUGAAGUCGGUGCAAACGAAAGACAGAAAGUUUAUCUCCAAGGAGGUAUACUGUUUCUAACCUCAAGAAUCCUGGUGGUGGAUUUUCUGACAGAACGGGUUCCAGUGGAACACAUCUCGGGCAUUCUAGUGUACAAAGCUCACAGGAUUGAAGAAUCCUGUCAAGAGGCCUUCAUCUUGAGGUUGUAUCGACAAAAGAAUAAGACAGGUUUCAUCAAAGCAUUCUCAGACAGUCCUUAUGCCUUCACCACGGGGUAUUCCCACGUAGAGAGGACAAUGAAGAAUCUGUUUGUCAGAAAUCUCUAUCUCUGGCCAAGAUAUCAUGCAAGUGUUGUCGCAAACUUGGAGCAGCAUAAGGUUGAUGUGGUAGAAAUCCAAGUACAAUUGACGUCUGCUACCUUGGCUUGUCAGACAGCCCUGUUAGAUCUGAUUAAUGCAUGUAUACAGGAACUCAAACGCUGCACCACUGCUAUUGAUGCUGAAGAGGUUACUGUGGAGAAUGCUAUAGGGAAAGCUUUUGACAAAAUCAUCAGGUUUCAGCUAGAUCCAGUGUGGCAUCAGCUUAGCUCCAAAACCAGACAGCUUGUAUCAGAUCUCAAAACUCUUAGGCUCAUUCUUAGGCACAUGACUCAGUAUGACAGUGUUACAUUUUUUAGCAUGGUGAAUUCUGUCAAAACAAAUGAAAAGGCAUUUGGGCAGAACACUGGCUGGUUGUUUUUGGAUGCAGCAGACAGCUUAUUUGUGCAUGCCAAAGAAAGAGUCUAUGGUCCUGAAAAAACGCGAGGAGUUGACAAACAGAAAAAUGAAGAAAAAGAACCAGUAUUGGAAGAAAGUCCAAAAUGGGAGGCAUUGAGAGACAUUUUAAAGGAAAUCAAAAAAGAAAAUAAAAAUCUUGGAUCAGAGGAGGAACCUGGGACAGUGCUUAUAGCAGCUGAGGAUGACCGGACUUGUAGCCAACUCAAAGAGAUGCUGUGUGAUGGACCCAGAAGCAUGAUGAUUAGAAUGUUCAACAAGUUCCUGGCCCAGAAAGGACAGAAUCUGGAGGAUGAAGCUAAAAAAGCAAGGCAAGAAAAGCUUGCCAAGAUUAAAUCACUGAAGAGGCAGAAGGCAAAACCUAGCGAGCUGACCCUCACUCAGAUAGUAGGGGGAGCUGAUAAAGACACGAACACAGAGAAUGGUAGUUCUAGAGAAGAAGACCCAUCCUUGUCAUCAUCAGAUGCAUACUAUGGCAUUGUGGAAGAACCUGUCACAAUUAUUCACCCCCUUCAUGGCGGUACCGACCCUAACGGCUUGACCAAGACCCUGCAGGAGGUCCAGCCCCGAUACGUGGUCCUGUACGACGUGGACAUGCAGUUUGUGCGUGAGCUAGAGGUAUACCGAGCCAGUCGUCCCAGGAGUCCACUGAGGGUCUACUUCAUGAUGUACACGGGCUCCGUGGAGGAACAGCGAUAUCUGACGACCCUCAGGAUGGAAAAAGAGGCUUUUGAAUACCUCAUUAAGGAGAAGGCUACUAUGGUAAUUCCAGAGGAAAGGGAGGGGAAAUCAGAAGAUGAUCCCAACCUUUCAAGGGGUACACUUCCUGCUAAUGCCACAGUUAACACACGGAAAGGAGGGGGACCUGUUGUCCCUGUUGAGCAAAGGGUAAUAGUGGACAUGAGAGAGUUUGGGAGUGAGUUACCAUCUUUGAUUCACAAACGAGGCAUUGAAAUAGAACCUAUAACUUUAGAGGUUGGUGACUACAUUCUCUCGCCUGAUAUCUGUGUAGAAAGGAAGAGUGUCAGCGAUCUGAUUGGCUCCUUGAACAAUGGACGCCUGUACAACCAGUGUGUUUCUAUGUGCCGAUAUUACAAGAAGCCUGUCCUUCUCAUUGAGUUUGAUGCCAAUAAAUCCUUUUCCUUACAGGUGAAGCAGUCCAGUGAGGUGUCCAUACAGGAUGUGACAUCACGCCUCGCCCUCCUCACCCUUCACUUUCCCAAACUACGCAUCCUCUGGUGCCAGAGUCCUUACGCAACUGCCGAACUGUUUGAGGAGUUGAAGGCAGGGAAGCCCCAGCCUGAUGCAGCCACUGCCCUGGCGGUGGGAACCUCCGAGGGGGGAGACCUGGAGUGGUCAGACAAGUACAGUCAUGGACCCCAGGACUUUUUGCUGAAGAUGCCAGGUGUCAAUGCUAAGAACUACCGUUUGAUCAUGAACAGAGUGGAGAGUUUGUCUGCGUUGUGUGACUGCUCCCUGGAACAGCUUACGGAUAUCCUGGGGAGUCAGCCUCACGCCAAACAGCUGCACGACUUCCUCCACACCAAGCCUGCAGAGUCCACAGACAAACCAGCAAAACCAGCCAAAAGUGACUUCAAACGAGGGUUCAAACGGAAACGUUGAUAAACCAUGUGUUGUUAUUCUUGGAUUUUGAAGGCCUUUGAAAUAUACCUCACUUCAAGUACAGGAUCUCUACGGGAAAUGAUGCCAACAUGCUCAGAAUAAGAUUCUGAGAUAAUUUAUUUAUUGCUGUCAAGACAUAUUGUCUUAUGAUUUUUAGCCUAUUUUCUAUAAAAAUAAAAUAUAAUCUUGCUAUCAAUUAAAUUUGAUAUAUAAAAUUUUGUUUGUUUGUAUUAUUAAAACGCAGUUGAAUUUC